CUCAACUCCUCAAGGGCAGCCCAGCGUGGGGCUUACUCUACAUUCUCUCAGGCCUGAUUCCAUCUCCCACUGCCCAGGACCCCCAGCUAGGCUAGACCCCCUCUCGAUUCUGCUGCUGCUGCCACUGAUGGGUAAAGGGUUGGCUCUUUCCCUGAGCGCCAGCUAGAGGGGGAGAAGAAAUCUCCAGGCCUCCCUGUGGAGUGGGGUGAGGUGGGGGUACCCUUAGGAUCUGUACUCAGAUCCUGCCCCUCCCAGCCCAGGCUCCCAGAGCAAUUGCCCAGGAAGUGCCAGACACAAUUCCCCCACUCGGCUGCUCAAGUGGCAGCUGCUACCCACCCACCAGAAACCUGAACCUGAUUGUUGGCCGUGGCCAGAGCAUUUGAACCUGAUGGACCUGUGGCCUCCAGGGUCCUGAGCUCUACUGCAUUGUCAGUUACCUACAGGUGGUGAGGAGGGUGAGGGUUCUAGAGAUGGUAUUAGGGUUUUUCUGGGCAGAUUCGGCCCUGUGGGGGUUCAAGUCAUUGCUGGGGACUGGAGAGAGGGCUGUGCUCUGAAUUUUUGGAAUGGGGGGCUGACCAUGCACCCACUGCCUACUCAGUCUCCUUGGGCCCUCCCCCAGCACUCUGAGAAUUGCUGCUUCUGUGACUCUCAGGAUUGGGGAGGCCGUGGCCCUGAGAAUGUGAUCUCCCAGAGCAAGCACAGUCAUGGCAGCAAUAAGACCUGGUGGCGGGCACAGAGUAGUGAGGGGGCUGCUGUGCCCAUGUAUGCAGGUCUGGGGUCAGAGCCUGGUCACUUUGAUCAGCCCUUGUGGUUACAGGUGUUGAGAAUGUCACCAUCUAGCUGGACCUAGUAGGUGCCUUCUACUUUACCCACCUCAUCAUGACUGUCAAGGUGACCCACUACCCCAACCUGAAGGCUUGCUCUGUGCCUCCCACCCUGAUGACUACCAGUGAUGCUUGCCCGUGGUGACCCAAGGACCCCCAGGGUCUGUCUGUCCCCAGACAUUCCACCCAGAAGCUCUGCUCCUCAAGCACUCAGUGGACCAUGGCCACUCCUGGCAUAUGUACUGAUACUUUGCCCACAACUGCUCAGGCCUCUUUCCUGGGAUUCUUCCUGCCCCUGGCCACAGUGUCAGUGACCUUGUCUGUGACCAGUGUUACUUGGACACUGAGCCUUCCACGGAGGGGGAGGUCAGGCCCAGAGGAAGGAGGGUCAGGCCCUGGGGUGAAGCGAGAAGCUCAAGCUUCUUUUCAGGUAAUUUUCAAGGUUCUGGACCCAGCCAUUCUGGUGGAGGAUCCGAACAACCCCAAGAUUCAGGGUAAUUGUCCCCACAGCCAGUCCUGUACUCCUUGUCUGGCUGCGGGGGUGUUGGGGAGGUGAGGUCCUACCUGAGCAUGUGCACUGGUGGAGCAGGGUGGCAGGCGAACCAGCUCAGUCCCCCAGCAUCGUUCCCCAACUCUUACCCCAUUGUGGUCCUCUAUUGUGGUCUCUGUUAAGGCCUCCCAUUUGUGUCCCAUCACUGUUUCCCAUACCUGUGCCCAGUGCAUAGGGACUGGCAUAGGUAAGCAGUUUCCAUCUCUGCCCCAUCACUAAACUCCUUUGUGGGGCCCCAUUGUGGUCCCCAUCACAGCUAUCCAUGCCAGACUCCAUCACUGUCAUCUCUCUCUGCUCCUAUCACUGUACCUCAUAACUCUCCUUUUUAUAAGCCUCCAUCACCAUUCCCCAUCACUGCCCCAUCAUGGUCCGCCUGUCAUUGCCCUCACCUUUAAUCAUCCUGGCCUUGGUUGGUGCCCUACGUCCCAGAAGCUGCCUCUAGGUGGCGCCAGGGCGUCUCGGUGUGACCUCUUCCUUGUAAAGCAGAAGUCUUGUUAAAGGACAAGAGAGACACAUAAACAACCCAGCAGGGCAGCCCAGAGCCAGGCCAGGCAAGUAUUAGAGCAGGACAAACCCCAAACUAGCUUUGUCUCUACACUCUCCACCCACCUGGACUGCGGUUAUUACCAACUACUCACCCUGGGCCCUCACGCUAGGUCUCUGAGCAGCUGUUGCUUGGUCCUCUGAUCAGGAGAAAGGGGAGACCUGGCAAAGGAGAGAUACAGAAGGUAGCCUUAGUUUAGUAAGUGACUUAAGCUGUAGAGCAGAACGAGGAGCCAGGGACCCAUCUCUCCUUUCAUGUGUACAUUUCACCAGUGCCCAUUGAGCCCCACUGUCUGCCAGGCAUCUUCUGAGCAGUGCUCAGGGGGGAGCAGGUAGACAAGGUAUCUGUCUUGGAGCUGACAUGAAAGGAAGACAGUUGAUAAAUAAGCAAACUAAUAGCUUAUGUGGUUUGGAUGAUAAGCUGAUUUCUAGUUUGGAUGAUGGAUUGGGGAAUGGAAUCCUUUACUGCAUUGGGGAAGCAGGUUUCAGACAUCUAGAGAUGCUAGAAUGGGGUGUACAGGAGACAGUGGGAUAUGCAGGUCUCAGCUCAGGAGCAAUAUCAGGGUCGGAGCAGUGCAGAGGUGGAAGAGCUGUGGUCAUCCUAAAAUGGUAUGCCCAGAGGAGCAGAGAUGGAGGAGUCUCACAGCAUGGGUGCUGGAGGAGGUGGCUGCAAUGCUGCAGAGGGAAGAGAACCCCCCCCCAUCUUUUCCCCUCCAUCCUAGACAAAGGGAUGAUGACCAAGGCACCUGAGGUCUCACGAUCUGAAUCUCUGGAGCUCUUUUGUGUGACUAACCUCCGUGUGAACUUCUCCAAACUGCACACACUGGGUGACAGGCCCCUGCGGGGCCUCAAGGGAUACCCCUUCUGCUACUAUGCCCUCUGUGAGAUUGUGGCCCAAGGCAGCUGCCUGUGCCAUGACCAUGCCUCUGAGUGCAGGCCUGCACCCAGGACCCCAGCUAAUGUGGAAGGCAUGGUAAGCACCACGGGAGGGGCAUCCUGUUGCUGGUGGGGUGGACAAGCUGAGGGACUAGGGAAGACUCUUCUUGCCCUCCUCUCUGCCAGGUGCAUGGCUAUUGCAUCUGCCACCACCACACAGCUGGUACCCACUGUAAGCACUGCCAGAACCUGCACCAGGAUCACCCAUGGCAUGCUGCAGAGCCUGGGCACCCCCAUGCCUGCUGGGGGAGGUGCCGUGCCCUACUCUGCCUGGCCAUACUUGCCAUGGGUCAGCCCACUCCAUAUCCACCUUCCUUGUUCUGCCUCAGAAUGCAAGUGCCAUGGGCAUGCCUGCAGUUGUCAUUUUGACAUGGUCCUGCACCUGGCAUCUAGCAAUGUAAGUGGAGGCGUGUGUGACGCAUGUCAGCACAACACAGCUGGGCACCACUAUGAGCUCUACCAGCUCUUCUCCCAUUGAGAUCCCUGGGAGGAUCCCCAUUCCCUUCACUCCUGCAAAUGUGAGCCCUCCAACCGCCAAUCCCAACUCUGACCCAGAUCCUUCAGUUCCAUGGUGACCUCUGACCUAACUCUGUCCUCACUUCUGACCCCUGAUCCAGCCUGUGACUGUGACCCUGUGGGUGCCCUGGAACGGGGUUUGUGUGAUGCCCACAUAGAUGAGACCCGUGGCCUCCUCUCUGGGCAGUGUCACUGCAAAGUUCACGUCUAGGGGCGGCACUGUGACUCCUGUCGGCCUGUCACUGUGGCCUGAGCCCCACUCAGUCAGAGGGCUGCCAGCGUGAGUGAUCCUAAGAGUGGUCCCCCACCUCCAUGUCCUCCUUGCUCUGACCUUAAUCACUGCCCUAAUAGCACAUGCACCCACCUGCCCCCACAGCAGUGCCAUUAGCACCCUGAGACCCCUGUGCCUUAGCCUGCAGGUGCGACCCCUGGGGUCGGGUCCCUGGCACUCAUGCCUGUGAUCCCUGCAGUGGUGCCUGUCACUGCAAAGGCUUUGUCUCUGGAUGGGACUGCAGCCAUUGUUUGGUGAGCUUUGAUCCACCUUCUGAUUUGACCUUGAUCUUGGGUGCCUAGCUUCUAGAAACUGAGAAGUAUAAGGCUAUAAUCAGUGUGACUGUAGACUGAGCUUUGCACAUGGGUUGGUGGCACUUCCUCACCUGGUCACUAGGUUCAGUGCCACCUUGGCUAGCUGAAGCAGCAUGUGCCCUCAGGUGGGAGCUUUGGGAACAAAAGAAAGAAAAGCAAUUAAACGAGUUACAACAGUGUUAUGCACUGGCUUUAAAGGCACUGGGUUUAAAGGUGUUUCACAGCACAGUGUUUGAAGGAAGACUCAGUCCAAGGAACAACUCCAUCCUCUUUUUGCCUCUCCUUGAACAUUACAAAUCCUUUGUUUAACUUUAAUUUUAACACUGGCUGUGUCCUCAUCUUCCUACCUCUUACCUCCCCUCCAUGAAACUGUGCAGGAGUACACCAGGGUCUCCCCUCCUCCUCUCAGCCACAGGCAGAGGAGCAUUCAAGCCCUGCACUCACCCCCCUUCCUCCUGCAACAGGCAGUCCCAGUAUGUGACCUCCCAGGCCCUUGACCCUCCUCCAUCUCCAUCCAGAUCUUCCUGUCCUCCCUCCACCCACCUGCUCUCUCUUACAGCCCAAGUUCUGGGGUCUGACCAGCGACUCUAGGCUGCCGGCCCUGUGACUGUGACUUUGGGGGUGCUUACAGCAACAGGUACAAGGCAGGAUCUGGGGGUCACGGUCAAGUGACAGGAAUCGGGAGUUGACUCCAUCCCCUCCCUGCCUCCACGAUCGCUCAGGUGUUCUGCAGGAGAGGGCCUCUGCCUGUGCUGCCCCCACCUCUGUGGCUGCCCCUGCCAUGAACUCCAAUCUGGGCACUUCUGUGCUGCCUUUGACCAGGCCGCUGCUGAAGCCGAGCUUGGCCAGAGCCUCCAGCCAGCCUACCGCCUGCUGCCUGUGAGUGUCCAG